AUGUUUCCCUCUGCCUCUGGUCACAUCCCAAGUUUUAAAAUUCAUUAACAAUCAUUAGCCCAUUCAAAUGAGUUCUUUAUUUAUUUAUAUAUUUUGAAAUAUCUAUAUUUUUUUCGGUUCCACCGCCAACGGUGUAAAACAAGAGUUAAUGAGUAGUGAAUAACACAAUUAAAAAUCCAAAAAUGACUCUUUUGAUCAAAAAAAAAAAAUCCAAAAAGGACUCAUUCCUAAAUUUUUAUUAGAUAAUAAAAAAGAUAGUACCUAUCGAUAAAUAAAAUAAAAUAAAAUAAAAUAAAAACAGAAAAUAAUUACCUAUUAAAUAAAAAAUAAAAUUUUAAAAUUGAAUUAACUACCCAAUAUAACGACCAACUUAUACACAUGCCAUUAACAGAGCAAAGAUCACACAAAAGAAGAAAAUAAAAGUAACUUUCUCUCUCAACACACAAAGAAAUGGCUGAGCUUGAGAAUCCAGGAGUAAUGCCGAAGCUAAUAUCCUUCUUAUCCUCAUUGCUAGAACGAGUUUCCGAGUCCAACGAUCUGACACGACGAGUCACGACUCAGUCGCAGAGCGUUUCCGUGUUCGAGGGACUGAGUCGACCACCCAUUACGAUACAGAGCUACCUCGAGAGGAUUUUCAAAUACGCGAAUUGUAGUCCUUCUUGCUUCGUCGUGGCUUACGUUUAUCUCGACCGCUUCACUCACAGACAACCUUCACUUCCCAUCAAUUCCUUUAACGUUCAUCGUCUCCUCAUUACCAGUGUCAUGGUCUCUGCUAAAUUUCUUGAUGAUCGGUACUACAACAAUGCGUACUACGCGAAAGUGGGAGGGAUAAGCACGAAGGAGAUGAAUCUUCUGGAGCUUGAUUUCUUAUUCGGGUUAGGUUUUGAUUUAAACGUAACGCCAAACACAUUCCACGCUUACUUCUCUUAUCUUAAAAAGGAAAUGACUCUUCUUCAACCCUCUCUCGUUCUUGUCCCAUCAAGACCUGUCCUUACCUUCAACGACGAAGAAGCUUCUCAUCAGCAACAACAACAACUCGCUGUUUGAUUCCAAAAAUGUUUUUUUUUUUAAGUUGUAGUGUAGAGAUUAGUCGGCAGGGACACUCUUAUUUGUCUUAAUCAAUCAAGCCAGUAAGUUCAUUACCAUUUCUUUCUAUAUAUAUAAUAUAUAUGUUUAGAUGUGGACAUAUGUGAUGGUGCAUCUUUACAGACUGGCUUGGCUUAAGAAUUAUAAAUGUUAACCUCAAGUGUUAUGUUUA